GGGACUUGCGGUACAAAAAGUUGUCUUAUGAGGCUAAGUCUUAUUAGUGACUGUUUUACUUCACUAAAAAAUGGUGAACAAAAUAUGAUACGAUCAUUUUUUUGGAUUUUUUUUUUGCAAUAAUUGAUUAUCAAUUCAAACAAAAUGAAACUGUCUAGUAGCAUUUUUCUUCUUGCUACACUUUCAAUUCUACACUUGUGCAAUAUUUCAUAUGCGAUUUAUGACCCAAGAGAAUCGCAUCCUGCUAAACCUGCCAAACGGCGUGAGAAAAUUAUCCCAUGGUAUUUGUUGAGUAGAACAACCGAAACCUCGGCCUUCGCUGACCAGGGUGAAAAUGUAGAUGGAGGACACCGAAAACCUAUUAUUGUCAAUGAUGGUAUUCGCAGAGACGGAAUUUCGAAUGGAAUAUCUGAAGGAAAAAUCGAACAAGAAACUAUCCCAAGCUACCCUAAUAUCAAUCAAGCAAUCCAAGACUUUGGUGAUAACUUGGACGUGCAACUAUCCCAUCUCUCUGAUCAGACUUUUGUAGAUGUCGGUGAAAAUUACGAUGAAAACGGACGGUUUCAUGAGAACUAUAACAAUCCGCAAGCAUACGAAGACUUUGCAAUUGAGAUUAAAAAACCAUAUAAAGACACCAAGAUUCUGACUGCUGACCAAGUUCAAGCUACCAAAACUGCAAAAUAUGACUCUGCAAGGGGGGCUCAGUGCCCAACUCCACAAGCAACAGGUCAAUUUAUUUAUCCACCAGACUGUAAGUUUUUUGUCAACUGCUGGAAUGGAAGAGCAUUUGUUCAACCAUGUGCACCAGGAACAUUAUUCAAUCCAGAAACGCUGGAGUGUGAUUUUCCAAUGAAAGUCAAGUGUAAUAGACUAGAAUCAGCAGAUCUGAUAAAUGCACACUACGUACCACCUAUAUCUAUGAAGAAACAACCAGUUUUAGCAGGAUCACAGGGUGAAUGGAGGACACAAGAACCUGACAAGAAUCCGACAUGUCCACCUGAGCUUACUGGUUUGGUACCACAUCCAAGUGAUUGUACUAAGUUCUUACAGUGUGCAAAUGGUAACACGUUUGUCAUGGAUUGUGGCCCAGGCACAGUUUUCAAUCCAGCAGUAAGUGUUUGUGAUUGGCCAUAUAAUGUGCAAGGGUGUGAAGAUGCUUUGAAACCUAAAUUAGAAACAACUACUGUCCCAUUUUGGAAAAAAAUUGAUGUGAGAGGAGAUUUUCAAGUGGCACCCCACCUUCCAUCAGAAUCAUCAAGUCCAUACAACGUAAUAAGUUGCCCUGAUGGUUAUAAUGGUCUAGUGCGACAUCCUAGCGAUUGUACUAAGUUCUUACAGUGUGCAAAUGAUAACACGUUUGUCAUGGAUUGUGGCCCAGGCACAGUUUUCAAUCCUGCAGUAGGUGUUUGUGAUUGGCCAUAUAAUGUGCAAGGGUGUGAAGAUGCUUUGAAACCUAAAGUAGAAACAACUACUGCCCCAUUUUGGGAAAAAAUUGAUGUAAGAGGAGAUUUUCAAGUGGCACCCCACCUUCCAUCAGAAUCAAGACCAUCCGACGUAAUAAGUUGCCCUGAUGGUUAUAAUGGUCUAGUGCGACAUCCUAGCGAUUGUAAUAAGUUUUUACAAUGUGGUGAUGGAAAUAUGCAAGUGAUGGACUGUACACCCGGAACUGUAUUCAAUCCUUCACUAAGUGUUUGCGAUUUUCCCUAUAACGUUGAAGCUUGUGGUACAGACACGAAUGUGCCACAGAACUCACAGUUUCGACCUAAUGUAUUUGGGCAACAUUCAAGUGGACGGGACUCACAUGCCGAAAGCAGUCAACGUGAAACGAUUCCUGAGCAUAGUAGCUACCCAGAAAAUGUAGCGCACAUUCCACGUGGUAAUCAGAAUCAUCACCCAAACAAUAUCCAUCCGGGGCAAGACAAUAUUAAUCCUAAUAAAAAUUGGCAACAGUAUUUCAAUAAUCAUGAGCAUGCGCAUGUAGAUAUCAAUGAUAGAACUUUUGAAACUGGAGAACACAAAACCACAAGUCCGCAGAAUAAAAAUCACUCUAAUCGCAGAUGGAACGGAGUGAGUUGGAUUUAUACCAAUGAUCCCAAUGAUGGGUAUGGCCUCACUCAUGAUUCCGAAGUAAGUUACAGUAGCAUCAGUACCGUUCAAGAAAAUCGUAGAGAUGGGCAGCCACAGCACAGUCUUACCCCUCAUUCAGGAACACAGAGUUCCGGUGGAUUUAACGGAAACAUUUACGUAGAUACUAAUUAUAAACUGACAGAACAAAGUGAGUUCCCAAAUAAAAAUAAACAUUAUGGUCAUGAGAAACCAUUUCCUGCAUGGAAACCAGAAUGGUCUACAACAGCGAACAGUCAUACAAACCAACAAGGAUCGAAUCAAGAUGAGACAAAUGUUGAUGAACCAGAUCAAAUUCCACAGAGUUCAUCAAAUGUUCAAUACAAAGAUGUAGAGCGUCCUAAUAUCAAUGCGCAACAUUCAAGGACUACAGGUUCAACCACGUUCGAUGUUGAUAAAAAUACUGGUUCCACAAGCAGCAUGAUUAUUUAUAAUAUUUCGCAUAACAACAGCAUGUACAAAAAUAGUACUAAACCAGACUCAAAUAUGGCUAUCAAUAGCAAUGAUUCUCUUUCACUGACCCAGAAUGACAAGCUUUUUAUUGGGCAUAAAGACAACAACAAUUCACUGCACUCAUCAUUAAUAAACCCUCAUGUCACAGACAAGCAAGGGUUUGGUAGAGAAUACUGGCACGCUACAGAGGGAAAUGUGAAUGAUGAAACAGCUCCAAAAAGUGUCUCUAACAUUUUUACAAGUAAUAUGAUAAAAAACAAAAAUCCGAUAGACUUGAUCACAAAGAAAGUGGAGUUUAUCGAUCGAAAAAUGUAUAGAAAUGAAAAUACUGCAAAUGAAAGUAGAAUAUAUACAAUCACUAAACACUUCAAUCUGCCUGAAAAUGAUUCGUUAGAUUUUUCAUCAGGAAACAUGGAUGCUGAUGCAGGUUUUAGGAAAACUGAUCAGGAACUUGAUUCCAAAUUAGAUCAAUGGACAAUGAAAACGAAUUUGUUUCAUAAAGGCCGUAGUAAUCCUGGCACCAAAACCGUGAUGCAAGAAAAAAAGUUCCCAUUUACAACAAAUGUAAAUAACGAUAAACAGAAUUCAACCACAGUUGUCAACAGCAGAGAAUGGAUUUCAAGUGAAAUAUAUAUAAACGUAAAUGGAAUACCGGGUCAUUACAUUACAAAAGAUAUCGAAAUCGAUCAAGGACAUUCUGAUACUGACCAGUAUGGUAAUAGUAAUGAUCACCGUGUUAAUAUUUUAGACGUGGCGAGAGAAUAUCAUACAACUGAGAGAAACUUGCCAGACAUUUCCAUUGAAUUAGAUAAUCAUAAAAUUAAUCCUGAGGAGGUCAUUGAAGGUGAGACAAAUAAUAACGAUUCGAAUUCUGCCUUCGAUGAAUGGGUAGAGGGUGAAUCGAUUGAGGGAGGUAUAGCAGAUAGCAAGAAUAAUCGGAGGCCGAAAUUAGUUUUUGAAAAUAAAACUACCAGAAAUCCAGAAGUGUCUGCAGUCAUGAAAAUUAAUGAUGAAAGAGUUGAUCUAGACACUUUUGGUGUAGAGUUAAUCCAUGACAGAGGAGAACCUCCCUUCCCUGUUUAUUAUGUAGAACCAGUGCAACCAAUCAAUUAUUCACAAGAACCUUUGCAAGUUACGCCGAAUUCUGGACAGGUACUGAGACUACGUGGCGGUUCUGUUUUGGGAGAAGGUUAUUUAGAAGUACAGGGCUCACAUCCUGGUUGGGGUAUUGUGUGCGAUCGAACUAACGAGUGGACUCUUAGAGAAGCUAACGUUGUAUGCAGGCAAUUGGGCUAUACUAGAGGAGCUGAAAUGGCGUGGCAAGGUAAGAGUAUCGAGGAUGGUGUAUUAUCUUGGAUAGCAGCAGACAGUGUGCAUUGCGUUGGAAAUGAAACAUAUUUCCAACAUUGCAAAUUUACGCAUGGUUCAGAGUGUAACAUAGCUCGAAAUAGUAUUGGGAUUCGAUGUUUGCCCAAUAGAAUAGCCUAUUGUAGAGAAGAUGAAGUUGCUCAUGAUGGCUUUUGCUAUCAUCUAGCAAACCCUGAUACAGCCCUCAAUCAUGCCGAAGCCUUAGACUACUGCAGCAAUAAAAAGUCCAAAUUAGUGGACAUUAUUAAUCAAAGUGAAAAUGAUUUUAUAUCUGAGUGGCUCAUCCAACAACAUCCAGAUGUGAGGUCAGUAAUGACAUCAGGAUUUGGUUUCACAACACUAAAUCGAACACUCUGGUUGUGGGAAGACUCUAAUCACGCAAAGUUCAAAUUUGCUAAGUGGUGGCCAGGCUGGAUGGCGGAUAAAAUAACACCACCAUCCAUUGGUGCACGUCCUGGAUGUGUAAUCAUGCAACGCAUUUAUCCCUGCUACAACCGUCCAGAUGAAUCUUGUAUUACAGACUACUUCUUCUGGGAUGUUGAAGACUGUGCAGCAUCAAUGAAAGGACAUCACUAUAUUUGCAAGAGACCUUAUAAUGACAUCGGGUGUGUUUAUGGUAAAGGGCAGUAUUACUCAGGAAAAGCGAAUGUCACGCAAUCAGGAGCAAGCUGUCUUCCAUGGGCUGAUGAAUCAAACCAGCAUAUUCUUAAUUUGAAAGUGACUUCAAUGGAAACGAAAGAAAAAUUGAGGGAACAUAAUUAUUGUAGGAAUCCUAAUCCAAACAAGGAAUUAAAACCUUGGUGCUUCACUGGACCCGAUGGAGCGUAUGAUCAUUGUGAUAUUCCACCUUGCGCGAAUCAAGGUUCAAACAGGUCACCUGUUGCAGCGGGGCGCUGCAAGCCAAAACACUUUGAAUGCACUCCAGGAGAAUGCAUUCCUUCACCUUGGAUUUGCGACGGUGUAGAGGAUUGCACUAACGGAGCCGAUGAGCAAGCAUGUUCUCAGCACCUAGACACUUACACUAAAAAAGAAAAUCAUCGUCUAGAUGGUUACGAUGUCGAGAAAUGGUUGAAUACCCCACUGAAAACUUGUGCUCUUAGAUGUAGAGAAGCUGAUUUCUCAUGCCGAUCAUUCAGUCAUAAGGCUGAUGGUAAUGUAUGUUUACUGAGUGAUAGCAAUAUUGGGCUUAGUGGAGCUCUACAAUUGUCUGAAGACUAUGACUAUUAUGAAAUGAAUGAAAGAAGCCUUGAUUGUACAGAUAUGUUUAUUUGUGAUAAUCAAAAAUGUAUAAAUCAGUCAUUGGUAUGCGAUGGAAAAAAUAAUUGCGGUGAUCGUACCGAUGAAAGUACUUGUAGCCUGGAGAAUUUGGGCUAUGAGAUCAGAUUAAGUGGAUCAACUGCUGAAGAAGAGGGAAGAGUCGAAGUUAAAGUAUGGGGACAGUGGGGACAAGUGUGCGAUGAUGGCUUUGGCUUGAUUGCUGCUAAUGUGGUAUGUAAAGAACUCGGUUACCAGUUCGGUGCUCGAGAAGUUAAAUCUGCAGAUUAUUUUGGUAAAGGCGAUUCUUCGCUUUUCUUGAUGGAUCAAGUAAAAUGUAAAGGAAAUGAAACUUCGUUAAAAGAUUGCGAUUUUGAUGGAUGGGGUGUUCACAACUGUUUACCUGAAGAGGCUGUCGGUAUUGUAUGCAAAACAGCUGUCAAUAUUUGUCCUGAGGGUUCCUGGAAAUGUGACAAUAGUCCUGAAUGUAUUCCAACACCAUUCAUCUGCGAUGAGGUCAUAGAUUGCGGAGACGCUUCCGACGAAAGUCAUGAGCAUUGUGAUGCACCAUUUGAAUUGCGGCUUGCCGGUGGUAGAAAUCCUCUUGAAGGACGAGUAGAAAUACGUCAUCAUGGAAUUUGGGGCACAGUAUGUGACGACGAUUUUUCCCAGGCAACUGCAACAGUUAUUUGCAAAUCAUUGGGCUAUGGGGGUUCUGCUACAGCAUUGAAAAAUGGUGCGUUUGGGCCUGGAGAAGGGCCUAUUUGGUUGGAUGAGGUUUUCUGCUAUGGAAAUGAGACACAAUUAUAUAAGUGUGAUCAUGACCACUGGGGUCGACAUAACUGUGGCCAUGAUGAAGAUGCCGGAGUCCGGUGCACACCUGGCAUAGCGAAUUUGGAUGAGCAUUCUGGAGAAUCAGUAGCAGACCUACCAGAGAUUUCAAUAAAUGACUUAUUACCCUCUGACUGCGGUAUGCGAGUCGAAGAUUUUGAUGAAAAUGAUGAAUACAUGGCUCGGGUUGUUCACGGCUCUGUUGCUCCAAGAGGGGCAUAUCCAUGGCAGGCAAGUCUCAGAGUUCGUGGACACAGUAGAUCUAGCCACUGGUGUGGUGCGGUAGUAAUUUCCCCACUGUAUGUUCUUACGGCAGCCCAUUGUUUGGAGGGCUAUAAUAAGGGAAUGUAUUUCGUCCGGGUAGGAGAUUAUAACACGGAGAUUGAUGAUGGCACUGAAGUAGAAGUAAAUAUUGAAGAUUACUAUAUCCAUGAAGAUUUUCGAAAAGGGCAACGCAUGAACAAUGAUAUUGCUUUGGUUAAACUGAAGGGAAGAGGCAUUCCUCUGGGAAGAAAUGUGAUGCCGAUCUGCUUACCACCAGAAAAUAUUGAAUACCUACCAGGAUUAAAUUGCACUAUCAGUGGAUGGGGUAGUAUUGAAUCUGGAAAAUCUGUUCAAUCCAAUGUUCUACGGUAUGGCUGGGUCCCCAUAUUGGACCAGUCUCUUUGCCAAGCAGAAUAUGUUUAUGGAGAAGGUGCAAUCAGUGAUGGUAUGGUGUGUGCAGGAUAUUUAAAUGAAGGAGUUGAUAGCUGUGAUGGAGAUUCUGGCGGUCCGCUUGCUUGUUAUCAUAACAAUGCGUUUACUCUGUAUGGAUUGACCAGCUGGGGAAAGCACUGCGGAGAAGCUAAUAAACCGGGAGUAUAUGUUCGUAUAGGUCAUUAUAGGCGGUGGAUUGACCAGAAAAUACAAGAAUCUGCAUCUGGACGAUAGAAGUUGAAAAUCAUGAUAGAGGGUACCUAAGCGUCUGGUCACGUUUUUCGAUCACUUGAUCAUUCCGUUUGUACAUUUCAAUUCCCAAGCUCUAAGUAUGUAAAAAUAGAGUGAAGAAUCCAAUCUGGAUUUUUUAUCUUGAAAUCGCGAAAAUAUCCAAGACUGUAGGCUUUAUAUUUUUCCUAUUUUUGGGCGAAAAAUAAGGUAUUUUAGAAAUCUAUUCCGUGACACUUUCUCAACAUAUUUUGAUCCAAAGAAUACGAACCUCUGGAGAAAAUUAGGCGAAGAAUGAAUGAAGGCAUCUUAGUUAUUUCACUUUUCAGAGCAACAAAUUAUUGAUGACUCGAUCACUUUUAUAGGUAGAUCAAUUAGCUCACAGAUUCGUGGGUUCAAACAACGUAGAGAUACAUCAUUUAAAAAAACUGAUUUUUGACCUGAAAUUCGAGCAUUUUAAAAAUUGAUUCUGUGUCACUUUCGUACUGUAUUUUGACUAAAUGAAUAAAAAUCAGCCGUCGAAUGUGACAUUCUACAAAGUCAGCAAUCGUAGGAAGCUGCUGAAGAAGGACCAUUGCGAGAACAGAGACAUAGCACUCACCUUCUAUAGGAAGUGUAUUUACGUCUGUGAAUAAAUAUGUUAAUGAAGCGAUUGUUAUAUGUGUCCUAUCUGCAUAACUUGUUAAUAAACGAACAGCCAUUUUUAAAUUGA